AUGAAGUAUAUGUUAUUCAAGCAAUUAAAAAGUGAAAAGAAUUUGAAGAUAAGUCAAGAGGCUACUCAAAUGGCGGCUAAGGAAUCUCAAAACGAUAUUGUCAAAUCUAAAUAUGUUCAAAACUGUAUAUCAAAAAAAUCUAAAAGGUUUCGGAGUGCAUUUACUACCGAGCAGAUAAAUUAUUUGGAACAAGAAUAUAAGAAAUUUCCCUAUAUUGGAAGCGGAAACCGCAAAGAAGUUUCAAAUAAACUAAACAUUCCGGAGCGAGCCGUAAAAAUUUGGUUUCAAAAUCGUCGCAUGAAAGAAAAAAAGGAAUGCGGUAACAAAGAAGUGGAAGUAAAAGACUUAACUAAAGAUUCCACUAAAUUUAUUAACGAGCCAUUAAAUAAAGCUUGUAAUUGGCAAUCAAUUAAUAAUGAUCAUCGUUGUAGUCUCAUUGAACAAGCGAAAAGAAAUGAAAUCAACUUUUCAAUGAAGCCAUUUGCUCCGAUCACAACAGCAGCUAAUGGUAUGAGGCCGAGUGAUUUACGAUUACGUUCGUCUUAUAAACCCACAGUAAUUCCUACGGAAAUUGCAGGAGUUUCAACAAAAAAAUUUAAUAACACACCAUUUUCAACCAUGAAAAAUCUUAUUAAUGCUGACGUAAUAAUGCCGGAGGCGUUUCAAAAAGUAAAAAAUACACCGAAUGUUACCCCAAUAGCGAUAUCGAAACCGAGAAAAGUAUGCACUACAUCUUCUAAGAACAAAAACAAAGGUCGUACAAGUUAUUGUCCGUUAGCAAACAGUUAUUUGAACAUAAAUCAAGACAUGCCUCAAGAUUUAUCAUCAAGAAGUAUGAAAAAUAAGUUGCAUUCCAAAAAACCACACUAUCCAGUUAAUUCGAUAUCGGGGUUUAUGCCAAUGCAUUUACAGAAUUCUUACUCAUCUUCUGCAUUGACAACUGGUAACGUGAUUUGGAAGCCAGUUAAUAUGUUGUCAACUUUACCUGUACCACAGCCAUCAAGUGUUUCGAUAGGUAUUCCCCAAAAUAGUGCACGGGUUCAUGUAGUUAAUAAUCAUGUCAGUAACACUUGCAGUUGUAGUUGUAACUGUCAUGGGUCAAGUAUAAGAGGUUUUGGUCAAGUCAAUGCAAGAGCACAUCCUCAAUAUAUUUUAGCAAUACCAUUUAGUAAUCCUCCUAAAUAG